AGAUGAGUCGGGGAGGGAGUGGAGGAACAGAUACAGAAGAAAUCACACUACUGCUUGAAUAUGCAAUCAGCUUGGCAGCUGCAGUGACUGAGCAACAUCAUCUGAACAGGGGAGAGUGAGUGCUUUUUUUGUAGUGGGUGAGAUUGAGAUCAGGAGUGGCAAAGGCAAAAAAAAAGAAAAGAAACUGAGAGAAGGAAAGAAGGAAGGAGGGAGAGCGAGUGUGCAGCUUUGAGGCGUUCCAUCAUCCACCAAACUCCUGCAGCUUCCCUCUUCCCUCCUCCUCUUCCUCCUGGAGAGAGAGAGAGAGCAACAGAGAGAGGAAGAGAGAGAGGGAGCAACAGAGAGAGAGAGAGUGAGAGAGUCACGCUUACAAGCCAGCGGAGAAGAGACGUCAAGAGGAGGAUCUACGGAGAGGGGAAAAAAAAUCCUUCCCUCUCUUCUGCUGCCUCUCUUCGUGCGUCCUACAGGCAGCAAGGAGGCAAAGAGGAGUGAGGAGGCUGGCAUAUUUUCUACGCUGCUUCCUCGCAAUUUCUGUGGCCGCAUCACAGUGCGUGGAGCGCAGGGAGAGCCGCCGAGAGCUCGAUCGGUGACAUCGCUCCGCCGCAGAAGAAGAGUAACGUAGAGGAGCCGGGAUGCUUAACAACCUGACCGACACAGAGGAGGGGGACGGGGGAGCGCAGAGCCAGGGCGACAGUAACCCCAAGGAGAGCAGUCCCUUCAUCAACAGCAGUGAUGCUGCCGCAGAGAAGAGCCAGCAGUAUGAUGGCAAGAACAUGGCCCUGUUUGAGGAGGAGAUGGACACCAGCCCCAUGGUGUCGUCUCUUCUCAGCAGCCUGGCCAACUACUCCAACCUGCCCCAAGGUAGCAAGGAGCACGAGGAGGCCGAGAACAACGAGGCUGAGUCAUCACGCAAGAAACCCGUCAAGGCUCCCCAGCUUGGUACUCUGAUGGGCGUCUACCUGCCGUGCAUCCAGAACAUCUUUGGAGUGAUCCUCUUCCUCAGGAUGACCUGGUUGGUGGGAAUCGGAGGUGUCAUUGGGACUUUCGUCAUCGUCUUCAUGUGCUGUGCCACCACCAUGCUGACUGCCAUCUCGAUGAGUGCCAUCGCUACCAAUGGAGUAGUGCCAGCUGGAGGCUCCUACUACAUGAUAUCCCGCUCUCUGGGCCCUGAGUUUGGUGGAGCAGUGGGGAUCUGUUUCUAUCUGGGAACCACCUACGCUGGAGCCAUGUACAUCCUGGGGGCCAUCGAGCUCCUCCUGAUCUACAUAGUACCCAAAGCGGCCAUCUUUCCCUUGGAGGGCCUGGAGGGUGCCGAGGCCGAGGCUGCCCUGCUGAACAACAUGCGUGUUUACGGGACCAUCCUGUUGACCUCCAUGGCAACCGUGGUGUUUGUUGGCGUGAAGUACGUGAACAAACUGGCCCUGGUGUUUCUGGCCUGCGUCAUUCUCUCCAUCCUGGCGGUCUACGCCGGCGUCAUCAAGACCGGCAUCGAUCCUCCCGACUUCCCGGUGUGCGUCUUGGGAAACCGCACUUUGGUGUGGAAGACAUUUGAUGUCUGCGCCAAGACCAUUGAAACAGCUAAUGGGACGGUCACCACCCAGCUGUGGAGCAUGUUCUGUGAUUCACCUCUCCUCAACGCUACCUGCGACAAAUACUUCGCUUCCAACAAUGUGACUCAGAUCCAGGGCAUCCCCGGGGUCACCAGUGGAAUCCUGGCAGAGAACCUGUUUGGGAACUACUACGAGAAGGGGGACCUGAUUGCCAGGAAGAACAUGGAGUCAGCGAUGGACCAGGACGACCCUCUGACCAACGCUAACCGCUACGUGUUGGCCGACAUCACCAGCUUCUUCACGCUGCUGGUUGGCAUCUACUUCCCGUCUGUGACAGGGAUCAUGGCUGGAUCCAACCGCUCUGGAGACCUGCGUGAUGCCCAGAAGUCAAUCCCCAUUGGAACCAUUGCAGCCAUCACCACCACCUCCACUGUCUACAUGUCCAGUGUGAUUCUGUUUGGUGCCUGCAUUGAGGGAGUGGUCCUCAGGGACAAGUUUGGAGAAGGCGUCCACGGGAACUUGGUGAUUGGCACGUUGGCUUGGCCAUCACCGUGGGUGAUCGUGAUUGGCUCUUUCUUCUCAACCUGCGGCGCCGGCCUCCAGAGCUUGACGGGAGCUCCUCGUCUCCUGCAGGCCAUCGCCAAGGACGGCAUCGUGCCCGCACUUCGGAUCUUUGGCCAUGGAAAGGCCAAUGGAGAACCCACAUGGUCCCUCCUGCUGACGGCGUGUAUCUGCGAGAGCGGCAUCCUCAUCGCCUCACUGGAUUCAGUGGCUCCCAUCCUCUCCAUGUUCUUCCUCAUGUGCUACAUGUUUGUAAAUCUGGCCUGUGCCCUCCAGACGCUGCUGCGGACUCCGAACUGGAGGCCCCGCUUCAAGUUUUACCACUGGGCUCUGUCCUUCUUGGGGAUGAGUUUGUGUCUCACUUUAAUGUUCCUCUGCUCCUGGUAUUACGCCCUUGUCGCCAUGGUAAUUGCUGGCUCCAUCUACAAGUAUAUUGAGUUUGCAGGUGCGGAGAAAGAAUGGGGUGAUGGAAUACGAGGUCUGUCUCUGAGCGCUGCACGUUACGCUCUCAUGAGGCUGGAGGAGGGCCCCCCACACACCAAGAACUGGAGGCCACAGCUGCUGGUGCUGGUUAAUACAGAUGCAGAGCAAAACAUUGAGCAGCCUCGUCUGCUGUCUCUGACCAACCAGCUGAAGGCAGGCAAAGGUCUAACCAUUGUUGGAACAGCUCUAGAGGGAACCUUCCUGGAGAAUCACGAACAGGCGCAGCGUGCAGAGCAGGCACUGCAUAAACUGAUGGAGACUGAGAAGGUGAAGGGCUUCUGUCAGGUGACCGUGUCUUCAAACCUGCGUGAUGCUACAUCCCAUCUGCUCCAGGCCAGUGGGCUGGGAGGCCUGAAACACAACGCUGUACUGGUCAGCUGGCCACGCAACUGGAAGCAAGGAGACGAGCACCAGACCUGGAGAAACUUCAUUGAGUUGGUCAGAGAAACCACCGCAGCUCACCUGGCUCUGCUUGUCCCGAAGAACAUCUCGGCCUUCCCAUCCAAUGGCGAACGCUUCACUGAGGGUCACAUUGAUGUGUGGUGGAUCGUCCAUGAUGGAGGCAUGCUGAUGCUGCUGCCCUUCCUUCUCCGCCAGCACAAGGUUUGGAGGAAGUGCAAGAUGCGCAUCUUCACUGUGGCCCAGAUGGACGACAACAGCAUCCAGAUGAAAAAGGACCUGACCACAUUCCUCUAUCACCUCCGUAUCGAUGCUAUGGUGGAAGUUGUAGAAAUGCAUGACAGUGACAUCUCGGCGUACACUUACGAGAAGACCCUGGUGAUGGAACAACGGUCGCAGAUGCUUAAGCAGAUCAACCUGACUAAGAAUGAGCGUGAGAGAGAGAUCCAGAGUAUCACUGAUUCAUCGCGUGGAUCUAUCCGCCGUAAGAACCCGGCCGCUGUGACCACCCAGCUGAGUGUGACCGAGGACCCGCCUGCAGCCAGCAAAGAGGAGAAGCCUGAAGAAGAGUCAAAGUCGGCCUCUUCCCCUGUGCCCCCCCCUGCCCAGGUCCAGCUCAUCCAUGACAACACCACCCCAGCCAGCCCCGCAACCCCAGCCACCCCGCUGACCCCCGGAGAGGCGGCUCAGAGCCCCGGGGAGCAGGUCCAGAUGACCUGGACUGAGAAGUGUGACGGCGAGCCAGCCAAGCCGCCCGGAGCAGCCACACCAGAGGGCAUCAAAGACAUCUUCAAUAUGAAGCCUGAGUGGGAGAACCUGAACCAGUUCAACGUGCGACGUAUGCACACAGCACUCCGGCUGAAUGAAGUCAUUAUUAAAAAGUCCUCAGAGGCCAAGCUAGUGCUGCUCAACAUGCCGGGGCCACCGAAGAACCGGACGGGUGAUGAGAACUAUAUGGAGUUCCUUGAGGUUCUCACUGAGGGCCUCAACCGGGUCCUCCUGGUCCGCGGAGGCGGCCGUGAGGUCAUCACUAUUUACUCCUGAAAGAGCAGCCCCCUCCCCCUCCAUUACCAGCCCUCCCUCAGCCCUGUUCCUGUAUCACCUGUACUCCCACCUUCUCAUCAAUGCUGCUUCAUUACCAUGCUACUCUUACCAUUUAUUUCUGUAAGAUAGUCCUCUCACAUCCAACCAAUAGCCCAGCUCAGCUUCAGCACCUCUCCCUCAGCUCCAUCCUCAGUGGACUGAUGAGCAGUAUCACCUGCUCAGCUACUAAACCUUUCACUCUAGUCCCGUAAGCUACUAUGACUAUGGUAGGCUCUAGACUGCAUUAGAUGCUAUCUAGAUUUGCUCUUAAAGAGACUUUUUCCUUUGCUAGUCUGUAGUCUACUGUAGUAACUCACAUGAAGUCACAGUCAGUCAGUCAGGAGGAGGAGGAGGUGGGUGUGGGUUGUUAGCUGAGGUGUGAGCACACAUGCACGUUUGUGUCUGUCUUUGUUUUAAUCCCUGCAGCUUUUUUUUUUGCUUUUUUUUUUUUUUUUUUUUUUUAAAUCCAAACACAAAUGUGGCAUAGACGCGGCUUCUGCUCGGAAAGAACGAGAGCCAGCUGAAAUGAGCUCAAUGUAGGAUUGUCUUUUAGUUCCCUCGUGGUGAUCGGACACCUCCCACAGCUUUCCAGCCUGUUGUCUCUGAUGUGAAUUAUCGUUCAAGGCAAAAGACACUGCUACCCACAGUCAGGACCACCAGCUGGAGGAAGGAGGAGAAUAUAGUUGUUAAGUACGAACUGUGAAACUCACAUUGAAAUUCAGAGAAGACUGAGACGGCACGAGGAUCAAACCUGCAGUCUUGCGUUUAACCUGAUCACUCUUUAGCGUAACGUCCUCACAAUGGUGUGUGUUUCGACUCCACUUGUUCUGUUACUGCCAUCACUGUCUCUCCACCUUUCCUCCUUUUCAACUCAUUUCUAAGUGGCUGUUUAUCCCCGUGGCCACUGUUAGUGCCAAAAAAAAGAGACAAGGCUAGCUUAGUUUGUAGAGAUUGACACGUAACUAAACUGUGAAUAGUGCGUUUCCUAGCAGAAGGCUGGCGUGACAGCGGAAGUGGGGAGACGGUACAAAAGCCCCCCACCAGAGGAGAUUAUCAUCGCCAGCACCCCUCGACCCUCGUGUGGAUCACUGUAAAUAAUGUACAAGCUCUGACGCGUUGUUCAGUAUGAGUGUAGUAUUUUUGUGACAUACUUAAAAAGCUUCUAGUGGAGAGAAAACGUUCCUUCGCUCAGAGGGACAGCUCAAAAACGCUGUUUUUAAAAAAAAGUUAUUUAUUUAUUUAUCGGAUUUAUUUAUUGGAUGGCAUAGGCUCCUGUCACUAUGGUAACCGUCAUUGUAACCUCGACAAAGCACUGCACCUGCACUGUCCACCACUGUGCAACAAGUGAAAUUUUUGAUGAUUUCAUCAAGUUCAUUGAAAUGUUUUAGAAAAAAAAUGAAAAACUAGUAAAUGUUAUUUUUUCAUCUAGAGAACAAAUAUGUAUUUAUGUUUAUAGAAAGAAGUUACUCAUAUUGAUGAAAUAGUCGUAAAACAUUCUGAUUGUCACUCAAAGGUAUAAUCAUUGUUUUUGCCAAAUUUAGAUACAUUCAAUGUGCCAUAUCAAAGUAUUUUUCAAAGAGAAAUAGUAAACAAAAUUCUAUUCAUUAAAUCAGAGAGAACAAAGUGUGUUUAAAAAAAAAGGUUUACAGAGGUGUCGACAUGACACUAGUGUGAUGAUGACACUGUAGUUGGAAAGUCGCCCUAUAGAUGAUGAAAGAAUACAUGUUCAGCUCUCCCCAAAACUCCCAGCUGUUGAAGUAGGCAUAUCUAUCUGAACAUCUAUCAACUAUUUAUUUAUAGGGUCUAGUCUAAAUAAGCAGAGAGAACAACGGCUUCUGUAGCUACCAAACUCACUUUGUCAAAAAAAAAAAAAAGAACUCUAUGCAGUAGACUUUCCAGUGAGAUUUUAUAUCCUCUAGAUUGGUCAAGAUUUGAGCCACACAUGUCCCCCGACUGAAUGACUUGUGAGCAAAUCAUAUUUAGGUUUUGAAAAAGUGCAUCUUGGAAGGAAUGUGCAAUAGUUGAAAUCCGGACUCAUGUGAUCAUGUUAUUUAUUUUUUUACACAUAUAUUUUGUAUAUGUAGAUUUCGUAAGUCUUAUAAAAUCCAGAAUCAUCUCACUCUGACCAAGGACAGCUGUCACUUUACUUUGAUUAUUCCUGUUUCUUUUCUCAAAGAAACUGUUUUUGGUCAUUUGCACUUGUAGUAGAAAUAUAAAUAUAAAUAAACACGUAUAUAUACACAGUAUAUACAAUAUAGAGAAGCAAAACAAAAUUAGUUUCUAGAACUAUUUAAAAACAGUAUUAAAUGUUUUUAGUGUUGCUUGAAUGUCGGACCAUAUGUUGUGAAUGCUGCUAGUAUCUAUAGAUUUAUUUGUACUGUAAAUAGAGAUGACUAAAGCAACAUUAAAGAUAAAGUGAAAAAGGGUAUAGACAUACAUAUCAGUGGUGGUGGUGGUUAUUUAUCAAGACAAGGCUGUACCUGUAUACAUUUGGCCUGCGAUCUCUGGACAGGGUUAGCUUUCUGUUUCAUUAGAAAACUAUACUGAAUACCUUGAUGCAAUAUUACAACUGAGGGGAAAACCCUCUACCCUUUUAUUCUCUUUUUAAAAAAAAAAAAAAAGCUCUCUUAAAUAUUACUAUCUUUAAUCCAACGAGUAAAGUGAACCAAUUUUAACUAACACAAUGUACUUAAGCUGACAGGAAUUGCCAAAAAAAAAGAAGUUUAAAUAUGAAUAUUUCUGGUUUAUUUGAUAAAUGUUACUGUUUGCAAAUUUUUAACACACCUACCUUUGACACCUGUGAUACUUAACAAGCAGCCAAUCCUAGUUUUCAAAGAUUUUGGGGUGCCAAGUCAUGAAGAUUUUCUUUACUAGUCACACUGAACUCUGACAAAAAGGGAUUGUUUAACACUCACACCAGUUUUUGAGGAAUACGGUUAUUUUAAGGAUUGUCAAGACAACAUUGCCUGCAUCAACUGAGCCUUUUAAAUUUAUUCAAAAGAAAAAGCUAUCCGGUGUUUCUUGGAGAAGUUUAUUGGAAAUGAAUUUAUUUAUUGAAUUAUCAGUGUUUUAUAAUUGCUGUUUGCAUGGUAUUGUGUGGCAAUAUUUGUUUUAGUGGUUUCUAUAGUGAUGACUUACAUGUUCAAGGUGCAGAGCGGUGGGGGAGGCGAUCACAUGUUCUCAAUGAGUUACAGAUUUUGAGAACUCAGGAGCGUCGCCAUACAGUCGGCGACAGGGUUAGACCUUGAAAACAAGUCUUUUGCAAAAAAAUAAGAAAAAGUAUGAGUUCACUAUAUUGUUACUUGUUAUAUUUCAAUCUUGCUCAAGUAGUCUUAUGUAACGUAAUAGGAGAUUUUGAGUUUGCGAAAAGACGGGCCUUAGGAAUGGUCAUUUCACCUUUGUAAAUAUACAGUAUAUAUCACUUAAGUCAGAGACACUGUAACCUUCUAGUGUUGUCUUUUGUUGUACUCUGUUCUAUCACUGUGGGAAAAGUCUUAGAGUUUUGUAAGAUUACGUGCAAUAUUGUUCUCACAUUCUUUUUUUUUUCUUCAUUUGUCACGGUUAUGUUUUUUUUAUUUUCUAUAAAGAACUGGAAGCGUCAGCAGUCACUUACUUUAUUAGAAUGUUUGUCACCGGGUCUAACAGACCAUAAAGAUCUAAAGUGUUCAACCCAUAUGUGGCUGAGGCAGCAACGCACUUUACACUGAGGGGGCAUCAGUCUGCAGGAGUUGGGGGUCCAAGUAGAGCCAACCUGCUCUGUACAGACUCUAUCCCACAGUGAUCUCUGGUGGCACUAGAGUGUAUUACAGCCAGCUGUGGCCGUCUGACAGCUCAGACUUAGAAAACACAAUGAAUUACCUUCAUCUCGCUCCAGAGACCUACCUGCUGAUUCCGUUAACAUCUAAUCACGUCAGCAUUUUCUUACACGUUUUAGCAUGCAUCACAUUAUUUCCUUUCUCUUGCCAAACUUGUUUAAAAAGAAUAUUAGUAACUGUUUCAAUUUAUAGUGCUUGUCACUCAAUCUGUGAGGUGAGCCUUCCCAGAAUCCCCCUCCAACCCCCUCUCACUCCCCCCAUCUGCCCCCAGAAUCCCUGGUUCUCCCCCAUCCCAGCCACAAAAUCCACCCCAGCUCUGUAUUUUAAAUGUGAUUGCAGUAUAAUUCUGAAAAAUUAUCAAAGAAUAUAAAACUCGCGCUUCCAAUUCUGGUACGGGCUCUGCUUGCACAGCACUGGAUAGUCGACUUAGAAACCAGCACGUCCCUCCACCCCCACCCCCCAAACUGAUCCAUGGUUUAGAUCAGAUCCUUCGCCUGCACAACUGUAGCAUGAGACAAACCUGCCGGUGAUCAUUACUCAGUCUCCAUCCUUAAAUGGAUAUUAAGGGCUCUGAAACACAUCUGUUACCGGGUUGAGGAGGCUGUCUUGUUAAGACACCAACAGAGAAAUAUAAAACUAAUUCCAGAGUAUUGCAGAGAGGGCACACAGUCUGUAGCUGAACACGAUCGUACCCCUCAGCAUGUCCUCACACAGACGUGCCUGUAACACAACAACUGCAUUUACAUUUCACACAGUCCAUCUCUCUGGGAGUCAGAUGAGGAAAAAACAACUCAAGUGGCUAUCCACGCAGUGCAGGCCAGAGCCCCACUCCAGUUAUGUUGUGUAACUCAGUGCAUGCAUGCAAUUACCCUGAACAAGGUAUAUUGAAAAUAUAGUGGGUGUUUGUGGUAUAAAAGUAUUUUGUUUUUGUCAGUUAGAAACUUUUCUUUCUAGUAGUAUGAUAUUUUUCUCUUUCCUUAGGACUGGCCAAUCAUUGUAUCCGAUAUUAGGAAUAUUAUUAUAGUACAAGAUUCUAUUUUUUAUGGUAGAUCUGUUGACAAGGUCCUCUCAUCGUGUCAAAUAUUAUCUGCAGAUAAAGUGAUUACCAAAGUAUAUUUCAGUUAACUACAUAAAUGAGUGUGAAAAUGUGUGCUCCAGUGAAUUAGAUGCAAACAAGUGAAUGCUGUUUUCCUUCUUCUAAAGAAUUUGUAGCAAUUAUUUGUGACAUAAAAGAUUGUUUCCACAAGGUAAUAUAAGGAACAUUGGGCAACGUCGUAGAAGAGACACCUGCAAAAUUUGGAUUAACGGACUUACUUGAAAAGGUUCAAAACUGUAGAUUUACUUCUUCUCAGUCACCAGCUGUAGUUAAAUAGAAAUAUAUCCGACAACCAACCUGCUCUGCUAUGAAGGCAUUCAAACCUGAAAGGGACAAGUUUGACAUUUUGGAAUUUCUUGGGGACUAGCAAGCAAACUGGAAACAGUUGUCCUGACUGUUCAAAGGUAACUAAAUAAACCUGCAAGCAUCUCAGAAGCUCCUAGUUUACACAUAUCUCAUUUGUACGAUCCGUACUAAAACUACUGGCUAUUUUACAGAGUAGAUCUUGGCUCCAGUAAAUUAUUCUGGCACAUAAUCCCUCAGAAAACUGAUUUGUCAGUUUCAGAUUUUGGUUUUUGCAUAAUUUAAAUGGCAUAUUAAAUAUUGAGCUUUACAGGUGCCUCAUAGUUUCCUUUGAACAGAUUCAGACUUUUUCCCAGCCAGACUGCUGCAGCUUCAUUAUUAACUGACAGACAUGAAUGAUGUUAAUCUUCUCAUUUAAGUCCUAUUUUGCGCAUAUUUUCCUACAAUACUUGGGCCUUGAAAAAUUCAGUAUUUAAUUACCGGUGCCUCCCUCCAGAGAAACUUUGUCUCUGUCCAGACUUGUUUUUAAUUCACUGGACUUGUGGGAAACAUUUUGUAUGGAUGCUUGAAAAAAUGUAAUGGAUGUAGAUGAUAUAUACGGCAUAACACACAUAAAGACACACCUGUAUCAAAUUUCACAAAUGAAAAACGUUCUUUCCUUCUGAACCGUUCAUUACUUUUCCUUGAUACUGUACCUAGUCUUAUGGUAAAGCCGUAGCGUGUUCCUUUCAGUUUUGUGGGAGUGUGUAUGUGUCUACAUGUGCACUUGUAACUGCUGGGGGCGGGGGUGGUUAUGGGCGAGGGUGGGAGGGGGCUACGUGUAAAUAAAUCAAAUACAGUUAGUGUGGAGGUGUUUAUUUUUUGUGUCAGUGUAAGUUAAGUACUCUAAAAUAAAAAAAAGACAUAUUAUUCUCUAUUGUGAUUCAUGGUACAUUAAAAAGAGGAAAAAGUAGUUUUAUCUUACAUUUCAAAUGCUUAUCUCUAUGGCUUCUGGCGAUACCCGUUCCAUUUUAUAGAUUUGUCAGCACAAAAUGCAAUAAACCAAUACCAUUUUAUUACA